UCUGGAUAAAGCUUUGACCAUGAGGUUGAUCCUGUUACUUGGUGCCCUUUUUGGGCAUAUCUACUGUCGAGAAACAUUUGUGGGAGACCAAGUUCUUGAGAUCAUCCCAAGCAAUGAAGAACAAAUUAAAAGUCUGGUGCAACUGGAGGCCGAAGAACAUCUCCAGCUUGAUUUUUGGAAAUUACCCACCAUCCCAGGGAAGACAACCCAUGUCCGAGUUCCCUUUGUCAGCCUCCAGGCCGUCAAAGUUUUCUUGGAGUCCCAGGGAAUUGCUUAUUCCAUCAUGAUUGAGGAUGUACAGGUUCUGUUGGACCAAGAGAAUGAAGAAAUGUUGCUUAAUCAGAGAAGAGAACGGAAUGGUAACUUCAACUUUGGGGCCUACCAUACCUUGGAAGAGAUCUCCCAAGAAAUGGAUAACCUCGUGGCUGAGCACCCUGGUCUAGUGAGCAGAGUGAAUAUUGGUUCUUCUUUUGAAAACAGGCCCAUGGAUGUGCUCAAGUUCAGCACCGGAGGACACAAACCAGCCAUCUGGCUAGAUGCGGGGAUCCAUGCUCGAGAGUGGGUUACACAAGCUACCGCGAUGUGGACAGCAAAUAAGAUCGCCUCUGAUUAUGGAACUGAUCCGUCCAUCACGUCCAUUCUGGAUGCGAUGGAUAUCUUCCUACUGCCUGUCACAAACCCCGAUGGAUACGUGUACUCUCAAACCAAAGAUCGUAUGUGGAGAAAGACCCGAUCCAAGGUAUCUGGAAGCCUGUGUGUGGGUGUGGAUCCUAACCGGAACUGGGAUGCAGGUUUUGGAGGACCUGGAGCCAGUAGCAGCCCUUGCUCCGAUUCAUACCAUGGAUCUACGGCCAACUCAGAAGUGGAAGUGAAAUCCAUAGUGGACUUCGUAAAGAGUCAUGGACAAGUCAAGGCUUUCCUUACCCUCCACAGCUAUUCCCAGCUUCUCAUGUUCCCCUACGGGUACAAAUGUACCAAGUUAGAUAACUUUGUUGAGCUGGAUGAAGUGGCCCAGAAGGCUGCCCAGUCUCUGACAAGCCUGCAUGGUACCAAAUACGAAGUGGGACCAAUCUGCUCAGUCAUCUACCAAGCCAGUGGUGGAAGCAUCGAUUGGUCCUAUGAUUCUGGCAUCAAAUACUCAUUCGCCUUUGAACUAAGAGACACGGGCCGCUAUGGCUUCCUCCUGCCAGCCACGCAGAUCUUGCCCACGGCGGAAGAGACCUGGCUUGGCCUGAAGACCAUCAUGGAGCAUGUGCGAGACCACCCUUAUUAGGGAUCUGGGAAAUAGACAAACGCCAUUAAAAUCUCUUUGGUUUGAAGCAAAA